AUGGACUAUUUCCUCUUCCUGCUUUUCCUGGUCCAGCGGAGCGGCUGUCAGCUCCCGGGCCCCAUGGCCCUGCCAGUGGCUCUGCUCCCUUUCUUCCUCCUUCUGCUCAUUGUGGGCCUCACCCUUUGGAGCAGGGCUCCGUCCACCCACGCUGGCCUGCCCCCAGGGCCACCCCACCUCCCGGUGCUGGGAAACCUCCUGCAGCUGAGGGGGGGCCCCUUUCUGCAGACUCUCCUGCGGCUGAGGACCCGGUUCGGGCCCGUGUUCACACUGCGCCUGGGCCCGACCCCUGUGGUGGUGCUGUGCGGCUAUGAGGCGGUGCGCGAGGCCCUGGUGGAGCAGGCGGACGCCUUCGGGGGGCGCGCAGAGAUGGCCAUUUCCGAGAAGACCAACAAAGGCUAUGGCAUUGCCUUUAGCCAGGGCAAGCGCUGGCGAACCCUGAGGAGGUUUGCCCUGACCACUCUCCGGGACCUGGGCCUGGGCAAGAGGCGCCUGGAGGACCACAUCCAGGAGGAGGUGGGCUGCCUGGAGGAGGAGCUGCAGAAGACGUGUGGCACACCCUUUGACCCCACCUUCCCAAUCCGGCGCUCCGUCUCCAACAUCAUCUGCUCCGUGGUCUUCGGCCGUCGUUUUGACUACCAAGAUGAGGACUUCAAGACCUUCCUGUGGCUGCUGGCGGAAAACCUGAAGCAGGUGGACACAUUUUGGGUGCAGGUGUAUAGCCUUUUCCCAGCUCUGCUGCGGCACCUCCCUGGGCCACACAACCGGCUCUUCGAGGUCUUCGAGAAGCAGAAGGAAUUUGUGGCCCGCAUAGUGAGAGAGCACGAGGAGUCUCUGGACCCCGCGUGGCCCCGGGACUUCAUCGAUGCCUUCCUCAUCCGCAUGCAGGAGGAGCAAGGGGAUCCCCACACAGAAUUCCACCAAGAGAACUUGCUCAACUCUGCUCUCGACAUCUUUUUUGCGGGCCUGGAGACAACCAGCACUGCCCUGAGAUAUGGGCUCCUGACCCUCCUGAAGUACCCACAGGUCACAGAGCUCAUGCAACAAGAGAUUGACCGAGUGGUGGGGCCGGAGAGACGGCCCUGCCUGGAGGACAGGCCCCGGAUGCCGUUCACGGAGGCUGUGCUCCACGAGAUCCUGAGGUUCGCAGACAUCAUACCUCUGGGCGUGCCCCAUGCUGUCACCCAGGACACCCAGUUCCGAGGAUACCACAUCCCCAAGAGCACCAUGGUGUUCCCAGUACUCCACUCUGUCCUCAAUGACCCCGACUGGUUCCAAGACCCCUCCUCCUUCCGGCCUGAGAGGUUCCUGGAUGCCAACGGAGCUUUUCAAAAGAACCCUGCCUUUCUGCCCUUCUCUGCAGGCCGCCGAGCAUGCCCGGGAGAGUCUCUGGCCCGGGCGGAGCUCUUUCUCUACCUGACAUGGCUGCUGCAGAGCUUCUCACCCUCCUCGCCACUGCCUCCGGCCACCCUGGACCUGCAGCCCCAGGAGAGCGGCUUCGGGAAGCAGCCCCCACCCUUCCAGAUCAUUCUGCAGCCAAGACAGCGCCUUCAGAGCCCAGGCCCUGCCACCUGAGCCACCACACCUGCCCUGACGCACCUCCCUUCCUUCCCUUAUGGUGGCUUCCUUCCCCAGCUGCACCCCACAGGGGCUCCAGAGGGCCCCAGGCAGGCCCUGGAGGCUGACCCUCUGUAUGGCGCUUCCUUCAUUCACUGCUGUGUCCCGACUCCUAAAACAGCGUCUGGUACACAGUAGGUGCUCAAUAAACGU